GGCCAGAGCGCGGGGAGGGAGCAGCGAGCCGGGCGCAGCUGUCCGGAAUCAUGACUGAAGAUGACGGAUUCCGUGGUGGUGGAGGGUCACGUCAAGUUGAGAGAUGGAAAAAAGUGGAAGAGUAGGUGGCUGGUGCUGCGCAAGCCCUCCCCGGUGGCAGUUUUGCUUCUUUUAGACUGUUUACUCAUGCUGGUGUACAAGGAUAAAUCUGAACGAGCGAAAGGGCACAAGGAGAGAAGCAGCGUGACCUUAGAAGACAUCUGUGGCUUGGAUCCUGGGCUCUCUUAUGAGGGCUUGAAUCACACCCUUGCAAUCAUCUGUCUUUCUCAAGUUGUGAUGCUAGGAUUUGAGAACAAGGAAACAAUGUAUGCGUGGGAUGUACGAAUCCGCUACAGUUUGGGGGAAGUUCAUAGAUUUCAAGUUUUUGUAGCACCUGGCACAAAACUAGAGAGUGGGCCUGCUACGCUGCAUUUCUGCAAUGACAUUCUUGUCCUUGCAAAAGACCUUCCUCCUAGUGUUAUGGGGCAAUGGAAACUCUCAGAUCUGCGUCGAUAUGGAGCUGUCCCAAAUGGAUUCAUCUUUGAAGGGGGUACAAGGUGUGGCUUCUGGGCUGGUGUAUUCUUCCUUUCUUGUGCCGAAGGAGAGCAGAUCAGCUUUCUGUUUGACUGUAUCGUCCGCGGCAUCUCCCCGACGAAAGGCCCUUUUGGUUUGCGUCCAGUGCUACCAGAUCCAACUACAAAUCCGGCAUAUUCAGAAGAAAGAUUGGCUCAUGAAGCUUUACAAUUAGAGAAGCGCUUGAGCUUGCUGUCCCAUACAAGUCGCCAGGGCAGCGGAGGAGAUGAUCGAAGUCUUUCAAGCUCAUCUUCAGAUACCAGCCACUCGGAUGUUAGUGUUGGGAGCAGAUUGACAAUUUGGCCUGAACAGUCUUCAGCCAGCACUUCGCAAGAGAGUCAUGGACUGGCAGCUGCAAAGGGCAUUCAUCUUGGGGAAGAAAAGAUCCAUCCAGAAGGGGCACGUGGCAUCACUAAACCACCUCCAAAGCCCCUCCGAUCCAGACAGCUACAAGAGAUAGGUCGCCAGAGUUCAUCUGACAGUGGAAUAGCUACUGGUAGUCACUCUUCUUACUCUGGAAGCUUCUCUUCCUAUGCUGGGAGCUUGGACAUCUGCCACGGCGAUGAGUUUGGAUCAUUGCUUAGCCUGCCAUUGAACUUUCCUUCGGAUCAGAGUUUAUGUACUUGUCCUCACAGUGAGCCUCAGAGAGGUGUGGGAUCAGAAUAUCAGGUUCCCAGCUCUCUCAGACAUAUUUAUGAUAUACCCAGGAGUUUGUUACAGGCAGCUGCUAAAGAUGUGCAACCCAAGAGUGCAGAUUCCACGCUACCCAAGGACCAGGCCCUGCCUUUUCAUGGUGCUAGUGAUCCAAAACUGCUACUUCCACACUUAGAAGCACAGAGGGCACCAGAGCACAGCCAGGACAGAGGGAGGCCGUCAUCCUUACUCCCAGAAAGCACCAAAGACUCAACUAAUGAGGCGUGUGUGGAUUUUGUUUCGAGGUGGUCAGAUACAAAACCACCAGGACAGGUGUCAGACUCCAAAAGUAGUGAGUUAGCGCCACCUAGUGGAGCCUCAGCUGACCCCUAUGACACAUGUAGCCCCCACCCUGGGAUGACAAGAGCUCUUUUUUCAGCUUGUCCAAUCUGUGGUGGACUAAAGGGAUCAGCAAUAUUACCGUCUGGAGUCUUACCAGCUCUACCAGGUGCUUCUUCUGUCAUGGCAGCUUCUGGGUCUCUGAAACUACAUAGAGGGCACAGUCUCCAAGCUGGUCCUAAAGCUGGUUAUGAGGUGCUGACACUUCCUGCAGAACCUGGAACUCCUACUAGUCCUGAGGAACCUGAAGGGGCUGUAGGUUAUUCAGCGGAUGUCCCUACAUCAGAUCGACCCCACAGUGAGACAGCCACCUAUGUUAAUAUUCCUGUCAGUCCUACUUCCAAAAAACAACUUCAUUACAUGGAACUGGAACUUCAAGAAGCCAGCACAAGCAUAAGAGGGAGCGGAUCAUCCCGAUAUGCACAGAUUGACAUUGCAGCCACCGAGACAGCCCACAAAGUGGGAACACAGCAUGCGCAGUGCCGGGAGGAACGCUUGCAGGAGCUGGAGCAGAAGAAGAAAGGAGCUCAGCAGUGACUUGUCUAUGAAAGAACUUUUGCUCACCAUAAAUCGGUACUCAUUUAAAUUCCAAAAGAUUCACAUUUAUUUGAAAAAAAAAUACAAAGCUGCCGUUGCAUAUUGCAUUUAUACCAGAUUCAUUCCAAUAUUUUGAUUCCUAAUUGGAAAGCUGGUAACGAGAGGGGUGUGUGUGCAUUCUUUCUUUUUUUUAAAAACACUUUUGGUUGUAAAUUCCUUUCCUUUUUCAUAUGCAAUAGAUGUAAGCUACCUUUUUCUAUAAGUCUAAAGUCAUGUAAGAACCUGGAACCAAUUCCAGUGCUUUUUAAAUGGUGGCAUUUUCUUUAAAGAAUUUGAAUGUGUGCAGAUAAGGGGAUGUGAGUGUGUGUGGUAUGUGUACACAUAUGUUUGCACACGUGCAUAUGUAUGAUUGUAUGUAAGCACACAUUACAGAUAAAAUAUAUGUAUAUGUCUGAGUGUAUAAAUGAUGUAAAACCUUUAUUAAUGUAUUAAUGAAAUCUUAAGAAAGCUAGGAAACUCAGUGCCUGAUUAUUUGCAGGCAUGGUUUUGUUCAAUUUAUAUGCUCAUUUAUGGACAUAGUUAACUGUAUCUAGGAGUAAUUAAGUUUUAUACCUCACCAGUCUUUGGCUAAAAUUGCUCUGCUUUAAAUGUUGCAGUCUUAGGGGUGCAUACAGACAAGAGCACACACACACAUACAAAUGGUUUAAUUUAAUUAUGCCUAAAAACCUAAGUAAUUUGUAGUGAUGUUUUGGGUGCUUCUGUUCUUAAAAGCCCUGUGUUAGACACCAUGGGCUUUGACUUUGUAGUUGCUGUGUACCUGUAAUUCUUAUCAAUUCUUAUCACCUGGAAUUUAACAUACACGCUGACAAAAUCAGAUCUCAGGUUGCUCACACAGAGUAGCUUCAAAUCAGGUUAUUCAAAAGAAAUGUCCGCAUUUGAAACGUGAGUUCUUUGUUUAUCUCUCCAAAGCUAUGCCUGAUGUAUCAGCAUAAAAAUUGGAUCAUCCACGUUGACAUGAACGUUUGUUUUGGAAUAAUUCUCUGCUAUACGUAGGUAGCAUUAAACCAGCCCUGAGUUAGAGCAAAAUGUCUUCCAAGAUGGUUUUUGAGGCAGAAUUUGACCUAUAAAUUUAUGUGAUUGUAGCCUGAAUAGUAAUGUAAAAUGUCAGAAAUCUCUCAAAUAAAAAAAAAAAAAAGGCAUUUGA